CACUGAAACCUACACGUGCGAACUGAAAUUAUCGUUGCCCGAUAAAAAGUCCUAUCGAAAUAGACCUGUAGAAUUAAAAACAUUUUAAUUUACCGACAAAACAUGAAGAAAAAGCAAGUGGAAAGUGCACCCAAAGAGGAGGAAUUGCUGUCAGGAGACUCCGAGGCAUCCGAAGAGGAGGAGGAACUUUCAGGAGGCUCCGAGGCAUCCGAAGGGGAGGAUGCACUUUCAGGAGACUCCGAGGAGGAGGAUUCCGAUGGAUCCGAACUGGAUCUGGCCGCCAGUGACACGGAAUCCGAUGAAGAUGAUGAUGAAGAGGAGGAGAAAGUGCAGCCCGCUCCCAAAAGCAGGGCGGAGAUCAUCGAAGACAAGAUCCACACCAAGUACGAGCAGCUAAAGGGCACUCGCUUGUACGUCCGAUUCCCCCAGAAACUGCCCCUGGAUGUGGAGGAGUUCAAUGCCAAGGUGAAGGCACUGCAUCCACUGGUGGUCAAGUCCACGAAGCCUCGUCAGAAGCACGCCCGCUUCUGCCUGGUGGACUUCAAGUCCAAGGAGGACCGCGACAAGGCCUUCGGGGACAUCAAAACCUCCAUCGAGAAGGAUGCAAAGUACAAGGGCAUCUUUGUGUCCCUGCCCAAGACGGAUUCUGAUAAGUUUGUCAACGAGUUGGUGACCCGCAAGCAGACAGCCGUGGAGAACAGGCGCACCAAGUCGCUGAUGAAGAGGGCCACCAAGAAGGUGCUGGCCAAGGGCAAUUUCACCUCGUCCGUGGUCAUCACCAAUCUGCCCAAGACAAGUUCGGUGGCCCAGGUGCGCCAGCUGUUCGAGGAGGCGGUGGACAUUCAGAUACGUCCGGGCAAGGGUAAAUUCCGUGACUCUAGUGCUGCAACCGUAACCCUGCCCACCACCCACGCUGCACGCAAGGUCAUCAAACAGAAGUACAGUCUGGCGGGCACGCAACUGAUACUGCGCUUCAACACUCAGAAAAAGCGCAGCCCGAAAGAUAAGCUCAAGCGAAAAUCGAAAAAUGGGAAAUCCCCUGCUAAAGAAAACCAGCAGACAAAGUCGCAAGAUAACCAAAAGUCCACGGAGGUAAAAGAGGAAGCCCCCGAAAUUAAGAAACCAGAGAUCAUUCAACAGAAAUCGAAAGAAAACCUAAAGAGAAAGUCGCCCAAGGGGAAAACUAACAUUAAGACACCGAAAAAGUUAAAGAAACUAAGCGCUGAAUAGAAAGUAGUUAAUGUUUCCUAAUUUUAAUAAAACUUCCCAUUCUUAAUUGACAAUUAAUUACAUAUGUAUGUGUAAAACCAA